GACAGCAGAAACACACAGUGAGUCCAAGGCUGCAAAUGAACCUUGAACACCACACCGUCACAACCACCAUUUCCUCCACCUAAUGACUUUUAUUGGGGCAAUGCAGACAGUCUGCUGUCUCUACCUCUUUGUCUCACUCAGUCUGUGUGUGAGUGGGGCUGUGCGUGAGUGUGUAUUUGUGCGUGACGUAAAAAGAAGGAGAUGAAAGGGGAGAUUGUGUUUCUAGUUGGAACUAAAGGCAUUCAACCUAAUGACCUACAAUAAACUCCACCGCAAGCCUGCCAAGCCUUUUUUUCCACCAGCACAGGCACAUUUGAAACAGAUUUAUUUAUAGAUUUUUAUUAUUAUUGCUAGGCAUUGUGCUGUUUUAUUUACAUUUUUAAUCCUAAUAAUAGAAGUAGAAACAAUAACACUGGCAUAUUGGAGUGCAAACCAUAUUAAUAGUAGGAGUAGUUGAAGAGGCAGUAUUAGGGGUAAUAGGUAUCAGCAGCAGUAUCAGUAAUAGUCGUAGUAGUUAAAGGAGUCGUAGCAGAUAUUGUAUGGUGUAGCAGCAGCACUAUUGUUAGAAGGAAAAGAAAGUGACAAUUACAGUGGUAGCUAUAUUACAGUAUUGGUGGUAGCUGUAUUAAGAUGUGUAGCAGUAGUAACAUUAGUGCCAGCAGCAGCAAUUAGAAGCAAUAACAGCAGUUGCAAUGAUAGAUGUAUCAGUCAUAGAAAUAACAGGGAAAAGGCAACACUUUGCUUUAAGUGUUUAUUAAUGUAUUUGUCAACAACCGUGAGUCCUCUUGUGGGCACUUAUAUUGUAUAAUGAAUAACAAUAUAGUAAAAACACAGUUGUUUCAAUAUAAAAUAUAUCUUCAUAGGAGUUCUAAUUGUUGACAAAUAUUACACAUUAAUAAACACUUAAAAUGUCUGCUUACAACUUAAUUUUAUUGUGUGUUAUAAAUCAUUAUUUCAAUUAUUUAUUUUUAAAUACCACUUAUGCACACUAAUGUGUGCUAAGAACAGCAAUAGCAAAGUAGUCAUGACAGCAACAGCAAUGGAAAGAGUAAAUUGUAGUAAUAGUACUUACUUACUCAUCUCUAAAACAGCUGAUGUCAGUUUAUGGCAGUGCAGUGUGGGCAAUGUUGGCAGCAUCUGUCCAUUACUUUUUACAGUUUGUUGAAUAAAUGUAAGUCAGCCUGCAUGAGUACUACACAGCAAACACCCCAGAUUCUGUAACAGGAGGUUGAGCUUGACCUCCCACCUUCACUACCAGAGACACUGCCUCCUAGAGGAACUUACUGCAAUUACAUCCAUCUGGCCUAAAUCCUCCUGGGUCCAGUUAAAUUAAAUAGUAAGUGCUGAUUCAUGUGUUUCUUCCUUUUAUUAAUGAGACCAGCUGAAAGAGUUUAUACUAACUUGAUUAUGUGCUUAAUAAGAAAAAUACAUUUAGGUGCCCUGUUUGGUGAAAAAGACCAGAGCUCUUCAAGGUUGACAGGCUAAAUAUAAACUUAUUUAUUAAACAGUUGGAUAUUCUAAAGCAGUUUUUGUUCCAGAGGCAGGUGGUUCCAGGUAGUCUCUAAGAAAUAUUUGUGUUUAAAUGAUUGUUUUUCUCAGUUUUUACCUUUUGGAAUCAACUCACUAACAGUGUCUCUGGAGUUAUAUUUAAUUAAAAAAAAAAACUCUCAAAUAAGAUGCCUCCCUCUCUAAUGCAGAUGUUUGUGCCUUGUUGCAUGACAAGUUUGGGAAUCCCGCCUGUUUUCAUUCACCCAGACAGCAGAUGGCGCUAAGAGUGCACAUGAAACAGCGAUCAAGGUCUAUGUUAGAAAAUGUGCAAAAGAAUCACAGUUCGUUUUUGUCUUUAAACCACGCCUCCAUUGGCUUGUCACCCUUCUUCUCCAGCCAAUGGAAUUUCACUUUCACACACAAACAUGGGCACAAGAACGAUGUAUGGAGAAAGUCUUUAAAUAAUUGGCAUGGGGGCAAUUGCAAAGUAUUCAGUAUCUUAGAGUGACCUAACUAAAUAAUACCAUAUACAGCUGGUACGUUAGACCCACUGAAAGAUAGAUCCAUGUGUCUCCAAAAAGUAAAUUAUGAGCUAAGAAAAAAGGGCCCUGUUUUCGCCUUUGUGACCAUGCACUUUUCACAUAAUCCAAUGAGAAUUUAAAUUGUUUAAUAUUUCUAAAAAAAUUAAACUCAAGAGUAAGAGUUCCUAAACUGGAGAUACGUGGUUUCCACUAGACAGAGACGGGUCUCAACAGCAAAACAUCCAAACGCAAUAAAAAAUAAAAAUAAUUUACUUGUAGCCUAAAAUCAGAAUCCGAAUCAGUGUGUAAUCUAAUCUAUGUGCAAUCGCACAAGCAGGCAUGAUUAAUUUAUUUAUUAAUUUGUCAGUUUAUUAAUACGUGAGUAAGUAAGAAAGUUAAUAAGUCAAUAAAUAAACAACAAAAGACAGCUUUAAAAAAAAAAACAGAUAAGUGAACUAGUCCACUGAUACAGAUCCAGCUGGAGACAACUGACAUGUUGGGUUGUGGUAUGCGCCAAAGAAAGCUCACAUAGCGCCAACAUGAACUUUUUUCAAGAAAUACACAAUGUUUUCACUAAAAGCUGAAGAUCAAGAAAAUCACUUAUCCAGACAAAGAAAAGCCAAAACCCAUCUCCCCUCUUUUAAUCUCAGCCCCGAUACACUUUGAGACCACACACACACACACACACACACACACACACACACACACACACACACACACACACACACACACACACACACACACACACACACACACACACACACACACAUACUUCAAACAAGCUUGUAAACGGCUCUCUGCUACUUUUUAUUCAGCCUGUAAAAAUGUUUCAAGUAUUUUUUUAAACCUACAGUGUGUGCUGCAUUCAGGCCCAUCUGGCAGCGGGGUCGUGGGCCUACUAUCACAUUUCUGAGCACAAAAGAAUGAUUUGAUUUAUUUCCUAUACUGGGUAAAUACAGUCCAACCAUGUGAUCCACAGUGUAACCAAUGGGCAGCCGAGAAGAAGGUAAGGGCAGGAAAAAAAAAUUACUACCAUUUUAGGGGAGGAUGUAAGCCACUAUACCAGCCCAUCUAACGUUUUACAGUCGCACUUAAGUGUCUUUUUAUUGAAAUAAUAAAAUAAACAUGUCGCUAACGAAUUAUUAUUCCAUGAUGGGGCUCCAGACCGAGGAGCCGUACGGUGCACAUUUCAUCCCGGGAGGCUUGCAGGGUUCGACGGCCGGCUGCGCAAAGACAGCCCGGGGAGCGGAGGAGGAGGAGGGGACCCCCGGCUCACACAUUCCGGAUUUUUCACAUUUUUCCAACAAACAAACGAGCUUAAACGGCUUUUCUCCUUGGACAAACACCUCUACUUCCUCUUCAUCAUCUUCUCCGCAGCUGCAGUCCACCCCCGGCGCCUCCAUCCCCGGCCUUUUUCAUCCACAUCACCUCCUAAGCCACCACCACCACCACCACCACCCAUACUACGGCCCGCAGGCGCAGACCCACGCCGAACACCUCGCAUCCGCGGCCGCUUCCGAGAGCAGAUUCGUCCGCUGCUGGGAGGGUGCGACCCCCACCUCGGAGACCUCUCUGUCACAUGCGUCGGCCAGUUUUCCCGGGUGUCUCCCCGCUCAGGGUGACCUCUCCAAUCCGAGCCCGAGGUAUGAGGCGGUUAAACCCGAGAAUUCACCGCCGCCACAGGACAGCCCCGCGGAUUCCAGCUUCGCCAGCCCGACUGAGGUGGUCCUAGAGCGGCUUGGGACCGUGGAGGAGCUGGGGAGAAAGCCGGAGCCCAAAAAAGAGGACGAGGAGAGGAAAACACAGCCACAGCUUGACCCGGAAAAUCCAUCAGCUAGCUGGAUCCAUGCCAAGUCCACCCGGAAGAAAAGGUGUCCGUACACCAAAUAUCAAACCCUGGAACUGGAGAAGGAGUUUCUCUACAACAUGUACCUGACCAGGGACCGGCGCCUGGAGGUGGCAGGACUCUUAAAUUUGACAGAGAGACAGGUCAAAAUCUGGUUCCAGAACAGACGGAUGAAGAUGAAGAAGCUGAUGACCCGGGAUAGGAGGAGUAUGAAUGAAUGAUGGAUUUGGGGUUGCUUUUUCCAGGGUAGGCGUGGAGGAGGUGAGGUUAUAGCUCAUAAAAAAAACGCAGUGCUCCAUAGAUACCCAACAUCUUUAAGCUCAUGAUCAGCUGUUACUAAGCAACGGAUUAUGGAGCUAACAUGGCUGCCUUGGAAAAAAAACUGCAGCGGUGAAGCUCUGCAUGGGAGACCAGGACGUGUUGUAACACUUUUUAGAAAAUAUAUUCAAUUCCUUUUGGCCUUUUUCAUGUAAGAUCUUCUGAACUCUGGUGUAGAAUUCAGCCAUCUGCAUGUUACAAAAUGAGGACAGUCAACCUGUAGUUGUAAAUAAUGCUCAGAAUACAAUGUCAACAUUUACAGGGAGAUCCAUAAAUUGAAUGAAAAAACAUACUUGAUAUCAAAGACUUUACUCAUUUUCAAACACAUCUGUUUUUGAUAAGGUUGUAUAUCUCUCAUGUCCAAAACUGAAACUACUUGACACAUACUUGACUUCACAUAAAUUGAGUGUGCUUUCCGCCAAGAUGUGAAUUGUGUUUUAUGAUUUAAUGCUAAAACUGUUGUCCUCAUAAAAACUGCUUUCAGUGUGCCAGAUGAGACUACACUACAAGGCGACUAUCAAAGAUAAAUCCCAUGAGUGUUCUUAUGUCGGAGCACGUGUUUGUUGGGGCCUGAAAAACAGUCGCAUAGUGUUUAUUUGAAAUUAAAAUAAAACACUCAUGGAAAAUAAGUUUAAAUAAUACAGGAGCCUUGCACUCAUAAUUAAAUAAUUGCCUAUAAGAGACAAGAGAGUGAAACAAAGUGCAGUGGUAACUGAUGUAAACAGGAAUAUAAGCAAUUUAUGUAGUUUAAUGAUCCAUUUGUUUGCUUGAACUUAAAGGGGAAAUCUGUUAAUGUUCUUGGUUUAAAAUACUCCAGUCCAGUUCACACAAGAUAGUAUAUGUGAAACUGCUGUUUACACAUGUAAAAUAUAUGAAAACCACAAGUACUUAUAUGUUAAAAUCAACACAUGUGCCUAAAUGUGAAUUUUUAACAUGGUUUUUCCAAAUAGGAUACAUUCACAUGUGCUCUUUUACAAGGGGAAGUCUGUUCAAACCAACAAGUUAGCCUCCUUUUAAACUUAAAUAUCCAACAUCAUUUAAAUGAACCACUUCAGCAAAUACCUUUUUGAAUAUGUAUAUUUUCUUUCUGCCAGAUGGCUGCAUAUGCACACAACAACAUGGUGAGAUGUUGCAAGAGAGACUCCGGAUGCUCUGCCAUAUUUUGCUGCAGAAAUUUACAAAUUCCAGUGUUAUGGAGUACUCAUGUGUUUCCCAAAGAGCGCAGAUCGUAACAUAUCAUUGCAACAUGCUGACAUAUGCAUAUUCACAACCUUAUAGAUUAUUACACAGCUUGCAAUUGUAACCUCAGUGGGGAAGAUUAGCAUUUGUUUCGGAACAGAAAAGUAUUGUUUGCCUAACUUAAACUACAGAAUGAACAAAAAUAAACAAAUAAGCAAAUUAUUAAAUGAAUGCAAUAAAUACAGUAACAUCAAAACACUUUUGAGUGAUUCACAAUGUAUUUUAAAUGCUGUCUCAGAGGUCCAUACACAGAUAAUCAUGUGGUUUUUAUCUUGCUCCUGACUGGAGCAAUUCUCCAUGUUACAACCAACCUCAGUCUCCCCGAAAAUAAUAAGCAGAAGGGACUUUUAAACAUUUUGUUCCUCAAAACAGAAUAAGCUUCCUUGUUUUGUUUUUUUUAUAAACUGUGCAUGUAGCCCAAUGGGCAUAUUUGUUGUUACUGUUGUUGUUGCUGUUGUUGUCAUUGUUGCUAUGUAUAUCUGUUGUUACAUCUGUUGUUACUGUGGGUCUAAUAUGCAGAUAUGGUCAUGCCUAUAAUCCUUUACACACACACACACACACACACACACACACACACACACACACACCAGUCAUGGCUAAGCUAUGGUGUGACAGCAGUCAGAUGGUUAUUUUGUAUCACUGUUACCUCUUGUAAGAAUAAACAAGACGUUUUACAAGGACUACAUACAGAAACAACGCACAACUCAUAUUAGAAUGUAAUAACAUCACCUCAACCAUUAUAGGAUUAUUAUAGGGAUAUCAAAGGUAUUUUAGUGGGGUUUUUUUUUCAAUUGUUUUUCAUGAGGAUGAGACGGACUCAACACAUUCUCUCUGGGAGAAGAGGAAACACAACAGGCUAUGUUAGCCUACAGCGGCAGGCCUGUGCUGUGAUUGAACUGGAUGUGAUGAAAUGAGGCCUUCAUCUGCUCAUUUAAGCGAACAUGUGCUGCUUUUUAUUGAAAUAAAAGCUGGAUUACAUCAUUGUUAA